CUCCUCCACAUACUCCCUCACCUCGAGCUCAGCUCCUUGUCCUGCCCCUGCUCUCCCGCCGGCUCCUUCCACAACGCCGUCCCCCAUGCUCCUUCCGAUGCGCCGCCCUCCCGCCGCUCCUUCCCGGCCUAUAUUCCGCCCGCAAUUUUCCUCCCUCGGACUCCGGUGGCAGCAUGGUCAGGCGAUGGCGAACCGGCAGGGGGCCGAAUUCGAGCACCGAUCCCGGUCGGUCGCCCGGGUUCGUGGAUCAACGAUGGCACGAGCAAGUCCGGUGACGAUGGAUUCCGUCUCCGUAGGUUUUGGCCGCCGCGUGAUCGUGGGGAUGGUGCUCGCCAUGUCCCUGUCUGCGCCCACCUACUACAGAGCGCCUCCAUCAUCUGCGCUCACGGAGGAAAACUUGCUUUUCCUGGAGGCUUGGCGAGCGGUUGAUCGUGCCUACUACGACAAGUCGUUCAACGGGCAGAGUUGGUUUAGAUACCGUGAAAGCGCCCUCCGCGGUGAACCGAUGAACACGCGGGAAGAGACAUAUGCAGCAAUAAAGAAAAUGCUUUCAACCUUGGACGACCCAUUCACUCGUUUCUUGGAACCCGAGAAAUUCAAGAGUUUGCGGUCUGGCACGCAAGGUGCACUCACAGGUGUAGGUUUAUCCAUUGGCUACCCGUUGGCACUUAAUGGAUCACCUGCAGGGCUUUCUGUAAUGUCAGCGGCCCCAGGGGGUCCUGCAGAAAAGGCUGGCAUUCUAUCUGGAGACGUUAUUUUGGCAAUCGACAACAGAACCGCAGAAGACAUGGACAUAUAUGACGCAGCAGAUCGCUUACAGUAAGAGCCUGGCUCUUAUGAAUAAUACUAUAUGGUCAAAAGGCUGUAUUAGCGAAAGGAUGUUCCUUUACCAUGGUUCAAAGGGUCCUGAAGGAAGCUCAGUAGAUUUGACUAUUCGCAGUGGAGCUGACACAAGACAUGUUGUUUUGAAGAGAGAAAGAUAUACUUUAAACCCAGUAAGGUCAAGGAUGUGUGAGAUUCCAGGUUCAACGGACAGCUCAAAGAUCGGUUACAUCAAACUAACGACAUUUAACCAAAAUGCUGCAGGAUCCGUUAAGGAAGCCAUUAAGAAAUUAAGGGAGAACAAUGUAAAGGCCUUUGUAUUGGAUUUGCGAAAUAACAGCGGUGGCCUAUUUCCUGAGGGAAUUGAAAUUGCGAAGAUUUGGAUGGACAAGGGUGUCAUUGUAUACAUAUGUGAUAGCCGUGGCGUCCGUGACAUUUAUGAGGCGGAUGGAGCUAGCACAAUAGCUGCAUCGGAACCUUUAGUUGUCCUGGUAAACAAAGGAACUGCAAGUGCGAGUGAGAUACUUGCCGGAGCACUGAAAGACAACAAGAGGGCAGUCGUAUAUGGGGAACCGACAUAUGGAAAAGGGAAGAUCCAGUCGGUGUUCGCGCUGUCUGAUGGCUCAGGGUUAGCUGUAACAGUGGCACGCUAUGAAACCCCUGCACAUACGGAUAUCGAUAAGGUCGGCGUGAUUCCAGAUCGUCCAUUGCCGGCAUCGUUCCCAACCGACGAAGACGGCUUCUGCAGCUGCCUCAAGGAUUCGGCUUCUCCUUGCAAUCUUAACGCCGCGCGGCUGUUUGCGAGAUCAUGAGCUAAUAUCAUGCUUUGUCGUGCCAAGCGGCUGAUGUCUCCACAUUUUUGGGUUUUGGUCAGCUUGGUCGGUUUUCUGUCGAUAUGGGAGUUGCUCAUAUCUGGGAGUGCAGCAGUGUCCGAUUAACUUUGUUAACAUCUGCUUAUUUCACAAAAGAAAAUUGUUAACAUCCGUAUAGUGAUCCGAUUUCACCUUGUUCAUAGUCUUCAAUGUAAAUAUUUGACUAUUAUAUUGUUGCCCUGUCUUAUUUGAA